CCAUAUAUGCUGGAACGUGCGGGCUUGGAUGUACAACAAGAAAUAUAUCGUAAUCGUGACUUUUACAAAAAUGCUGACGUACGGCCUCCAUUCACAUAUGCGUCCUUGAUAAGACAAUCUAUUAUUGAGUCUCCCGACAAGCAACUUACUUUAAAUGAAAUCUACAACUGGUUUCAAAACACUUUUUGUUAUUUCCGACGGAAUGCAGCAACUUGGAAGAAUGCCAUACGUACAAAUCUGUCACUGCAUAAAUGUUUUGUGCGGUAUGAGGAUGACUUUGGCUCCUUUUGGAUGGUAGAUGAUAGUGAAUUUAUAAAACGGCGUCAUUUAUCACGUGGCCGUCCACGCAAAUAUGAGCCAUCUUCAUCGCCACAUUCGUCGAAUACUUCUCCGCAAUCUGCUACUAACACAGAAAGUAUUUGCGAAAAUAGUUCAAAAAUGAGAUACCAGGAUCGUAUUCAUAGCAAUACGAAUGCUAUUUGGAAUACUGGGGGAGAUCUUAGUUCCACUAAAAGUCAAAAUAUGCAAAAUAGUUUCGAUUGCAAUACUAUUGAAAAUGGCGAUAGUGAUAGCUUCAGUAUCUGCAAGAGAAGCCAAAGAAAUCUGAGCACAAACAAUAUACAAAACAAUCAAUAUGACUUCAAAAAUGGCAUUGUAGCUGAAAGUAACAUUACUGGUAAACAGCAAAAUAAAGGCAAUACCGAAAGCAUUUUAGAAGAAAAACAAGGCAGUAAUGAUAACUUCGCGAUUAUUGAUGAUAGGAAUGAAGACUGCGCUUCAAAAGGAUGCAGCAUGCGGAAAACUACACAUGAUUCGAUAUCAAACUUAUCAAGCUACAGCAAUGGAAAUACGUCGCCAAAUAUGAAGAAUAAUUGGAACUUACCAUCCUUGGAAGAAGCUUUUACAGUGAACACGCAUCUUAUGAGACUCAACAAUGAACACUUAAAUAAUAUUGCGAGCAAUGUGCAUCAUCAAUAUAUAUCAAAAUAUAAAAUGGAGUAA